AUGGCGGAUUCCUAUACCUGUAAAGGUGGAAGGAAAACUGCAGGCUCUAACAAACCCACUGCCAGCAAAGAAAGCAGGACGGAGACAAGGAUAAACCCACCGGCAGAGCUGCCCAAGCUGGGAAAUGCAACCAGUGACAAAACUGAAGGCAGGAAGAAAGGAAGACCCAAGGCUGAGAACCAGGCGCUGAAAGACAUCCCUCUUCCCCUGAUGAACCAGUGGAAGGAUGAAUUCAAAGCCCACUCGAGGGUGAAAUGUCCCAAUUCAGGCUGCUGGCUGGAGUUCCCCAGCAUUUAUGGCUUGAAGUACCACUAUCAGCGCUGCCAAGGGGGUGCAAUCUCAGAGAAGCUGACAUACUCAUGCUCGUACUGCGAAGCUGCCUUCACCUCCAAAACCCAGCUGGAAAAGCAUCGGCUCUGGAAUCACUUGGACCGGCCAGUGCCAACCAGCAAAGCAGAAAACAAAGUGCCCAAGGCCAUUGGGAAGAGCAGUGGAAAGAAAAGACCUGCUGAGAGUUCAGCUUGCCCCACCAUCCAUCCCAAACAGGCAAAGACGGAAAAAGCCGUGGCCCAGGAGCACGCGGAGAACGGCGAGUGCCUGGCGGAGAGCCGGGAGAGCAAGGAGUUCCAGAUUGCAGCAGCUGAGGCCAUGGCAGCUGCCACCCCCACGGCCAAAUCCUCCAGUGGCAAGGACGUCGGGCAGCAGCGGGGCAGCCAGGCCUCCCUGCAGGAGGAAGACCCCGAGAGGAUGAAGCACAGAAGGAAACAGAAAACUCCUAAGAAGUUUACGGGGGAGCAGCCAUCCAUCUCGGGGACAUUUGGACUGAAAGGUCUUGUCAAAGCAGAGGACAAAGCAAAAGCUCAUCGAGCCAAGAAGCUGGAGGGAAAUGCCAACAUGGAGGAGCUGAAAAAGAAACCUCCAGGAGCUGGUGUGAAGAAGGAAACACCUGUGCAUCCACCAGCAGCAAACCCCGAGGACCAGUGGCAGCGGGAGAUCAGCGAGAAGGGGGAAGUUUCCUGUCCAACCUGCAGUGUUAUAACCAGGAAAACUAUUGUGGGACUCAAGAAACACAUGGAUGUCUGCCAGAAACUGCAGGAUGCCUUGAAGUGUCAGCACUGCAAAAAGCAGUUCAAGUCCAAAGCUGGGCUGAAUUACCACACCAUGGCUGAACACGUCAGCAAGCCUGUUCCUGUGGAAACCGCUGGACUUGGUGAACAGGAAGAGCGGGAAAGGCUGAGGAAAGUGCUAAAGCAGAUGGGAAAACUGAAAUGCCCCAAUGAGGGCUGCGUGGCCAACUUCUCCAGCCUGAUGGGCUACCAGUACCACCAGAAGCGGUGUGGCAAGCAGCUUGCCGAGGCCGACAAGCCCGUGUUCAGCUGCCCACACUGUGGCAAGAAGUACAAAUCCAAGGCUGGCCACGACUAUCACGUGCGGUCAGAACACACGGCCUCGGUGAGCCCCCCGGAGGCCCCUGCAGCCCGAGGAGCGCGGCCAUCCCCCCCCGGGGGGGACUGCAGAGCUGCGGAGCCCGUGGGCAGGACAGAGCCGGGCAGGGCCGGGCCGGGCAAGCCUCCAGAGGAGCCAGAGGUGAAGCCAGAGCCUGCUCCUGUAGAAGAUUUUGAGAGGACCCCGAGCGGCCGCAUCCGCCGGACGUCAGCCCAAGUCGCCGUCUUCCACCUCCAGGAGAUAGCAGAGGAUGAGCUGGCCAGGGAUUGGACCAAAAGGAGGAUGAAGGAUGACCUGGUGCCUGAAACAAAGCGGCUCAAUUACACCCGGCCAGGGCUUCCAAAACUCAAUCCCAGAUUGCUGGAAAACUGGAAGAAUGAAGUGAAGGAGAAGGGCCGCAUCAACUGUCCUAACAACUGCUGUGAAGCCAUUUACUCCAGUGUCUCGGGGCUGAAAGCUCACCUGGCCAACUGCAACAAGGGGGAGCACUCAGUGGGCAAGUACCGCUGCCUCCUGUGCCAGAAGGAGUUCAGCUCCGAGAGUGGCGUCAAGUACCACAUCAUCAAGGCUCACUCAGAGAACUGGUUCCGAACCUCCUCAGAGGCCAGCCGGAAAAAGAAAAACAGGGAACAGCUUUCUUCCAGCAAAGAGGAGAAAAAGAAAAGCACAAAUGGGAAGAAAAGGGGGAGAAAACCCAAGGAGAGGCCUCCAGAAAUGUCCCCGAAGGGCAGAGAGAGCGUGGCAGCAAAGACUAAUCACAAGAAAACCCUCGAGCACUGGGAAGGCUCCCGGGGCAGCCCCGAGGGGGACGAGCUCGCCCUGAAGCCCCCGAGCCAGCGGAAGGGAGGAGCCAGCAAGAUGCCCGAGAAAUGAGCAGCUCAGAGACUCGUCUCCGAGGAUUCGUUUACAGCCCAGGGUAACAGGGUGGGGGUCCCUCCCAGUUUUAUGUCCCCUCCUUCCCAUCCCACCUCCUCUUGCCCCACCCUCCUCUCACCCUCUUUUUACAAAAAGAAAGAAAAAAAAAAAGAAGAAAAAAAAAGAGACAGAAAAUACCAGUUAACCACUUUAAACAAAUCACGGACCUUGUUUCACACUGGAAAACAAACAGGAUCAAGGAAGCUGGGACGUUCUCCACCCCCUGCCCGUGUACAUAGCCCUCGGUGGGGCCCCGCUGCCUCCCCCGGCCCGUGGUUCCCCUCCCCUGCGCCAACCUGGUGCCGCUUGAGCGAAAGAGAAGUGCAAUAGCAGCGGGGUCCCGCGGGCAGGGACCCUCCCCAGCGGCUCCGUGCCGCUCCGGGGGGAGCUGCCCAGCGGCCCCCCAGCUCCGGGUGAUGUUUCCAAAGAUGUUUGGGCCGGCUGGGCGGGGGAUGCUGCGGUGCGGGGGAGUCGGCAGCGCUUCCCCGGCAGCCGCGGGUCCGGGGGAAGGU